GCGAUUAGGGCUUCGAUCUCCACUCGCCUCGCAAGCCUUCCCGAAGCCUCCUCCAUCUCCGCCGCCGCCGCCGCCGCCGCCGCCGCGUCAUGGGCGUCUACACCUUCGUGUGCCGGAGCUCCGGCGAGGAGUGGACGGCCAAGCAGCUCAAGGGCGAGCUCGAGGCCUCCGCCGCCACCCCCUACGAGCUGCAGCGCCGCCUCGUCGCCGCCGCGUCCGCCGCCGACUCGGCCGCCGGGGUCCAGUCCUCCUUCGCCAUGGUCUCCCCCAGCUCCGCCGUCUUCCAGGUGAUCAUCGGUGCUGUUGGUGGUGGUGCUGCCAUUGGAGGUGCUGCUGCUGGCGGUGCCGCUGCUGGUGGAGCUGCCGCCGAGGCCCCCAAAGCCGAGGAGAAGAAGGAAGAGGAGAAGGAAGAAAGUGAAGACGACCUUGGAUUCUCCCUCUUUGAUUAGAUUUUGCUUUCAUAUAUCCAGCAAAUUUGUCAUGGUCCUCUUGCAGUAGUUUUGGUGUUUGAUGCUCAUGCUCUUGCAGUAGUUUUGGUGUUUGAUGCUCAUGCUCUUGCAGUAGUUUUGGUGUUUGAUGCUCAUGAACCAGAAGGCCUUGUGAACCUGCUAAGUAUGAUAAGAUAAUUUGUGGUCAUGAAUGUUGGCUAUAUCUGUGUGACUUGCAGUUUAUGUUGAGAUUUUGGUUA